AUGGCCAGUAGUACUCUUGCUAUUCCUAUACCUUAUCAUAAACCUACACCUACUAUUCGAAAAUCAAAACUGGAUACUACAAAGAAUCGUAGUGAAGAUGAAUUACUUAAAUUCUUCUUACAUGGUUCUUAUGAUGUUCAACGGGGUAAUAUACAUGCAGCUCAACAAAUUGAACCAAAUCAUGAUAAAACAAUAUGUAUCAAAGAAGAAACAACAACAACUAUUCCCAAUUUAAUCAAUGAUGAUAUUCAAGGAAGAUCACGUUGUAUGUUUGAAGAAACAUAUAUGAUUAAUAUAUCAGUUAAACAACCUGAUACAGCACCAUUAUCAAAACAAAUUGAUGUACGUAUUGAAAAAACACCAUCAGAAGCAUUAGCAACUAAUGAGAAGAUUGAUGUUGAUGAAAUAUCAAGUAUAUUUGAUGAAGAUGAUAAUGAUGAUGUUGAUAGUGUUAUAUUCAAUGAACUUACAUCGUCAAGAUCUGAAACACCAUCAACAAAAUUAACAUUAGCCGAUAUGAUAAGUAAAUCAUUAACAACAAUUCCGACACGAACUGUUGAUAAUGGUAAUAAAAAUAAAAAUUGGUAUGUUGAAAAACAAGAUGAAAAUAAAAUACGUAAAGCAAGUGGAGGAGAUAUUCCAGGAACAAAAAUUGUUGAAAAAGUCAUUAAAACACCUCCACCAGGAUUAAUGUCAUCAAUUAUACGACCGGCAGCUUUAAUAACAAAUAUAAAUGAAGAUAAAAAACUUUUUGAAUAUCUCGAUUAUCUUGAUACAAAAGAAGAAUCAAAACAACCGACAAAAUCAUCAAAUAUUAUAACAACAACAAAAACUUCUAAAUCAGUAUCACCUGUUAGUAAAAAUCCAUCAAAACAGCAACAACAACAGCAGCAGCAGCAGCAUCAACAACAACAGCAUCAUCAACAACAACAACAUCAGCAACAACAACAACAACAACAACAACAAAAACAUCAUCACCAUCAUCAUCAUCAUGAACCAAUCCCAAUUAUUGAUCUCGAACAACUCUGUCGUUCAUUACAUGUUAAUGAUUUAAAAGAUGAAUUAAUUCGAAAGAAAAUCUAUGAAUUAAAAGUUUUAAUUGAUGAACGACACAAAAGACAAAAACAUCAAAUGCCAUUAAUAGCACCACGAAAAGAUACACUUCCAGUUCUUAUCGCUAUGCCACCAGCAGUACAACAACGACGAAAAACAACUGUUGUUCAACCAUCAGCAUUACUUAAAUCUGAAACUAUUGAUUUACAAGUACCAUAUGAAUCAACUUAUCAUGAUAUUAUUUCAAAUUAUAAUAAUAAACAUUCAUCUUCUCCUCCUUCUAACAAACAACAAUAUACACGACAACAAGUACCUGCAAUAAUAUCCAAUCGUAAAUAUCAACAUACCUGA